UUCAAGUUGGCACAACAUUAGAUUGGAUCAUGCAAAAUAAAUAUGCACGUCCUAUCUUAGCUAAUUCUCUAACAAAUAUCUUUUGUACUGGAGGAUACUCGGUGUCGGACCAUUGUCCAGUCAUGUGCAUCUAUGAAAUCGGUGCUGGUCCAUAUGUUUCGAAUGCAGUACAAGAUUUUUGUGGGAAAAAUAUUGUUAAAUGGUCUUAA